AUGGUGGACCUAGGUCAUACGAUGAUGAUGACAUACCUAGAAAAAUUCGGCAACAUCAAAGAACUGAAGGGGUUCUUCGACAACGACGAGAAAGCAAAAACGUAUGGGGCAAUGUGUCAGAAUGUCGAGUGGUCGAAUGAUCCCACGAAUCUUCAUAUGGAGAAACAAAUCCCAGAAAUGAUUGCCAAGGGUCAUUCGCCGGACGAUACAUUUAAUCAUAUGGCUCCUAAUUCGAUUCUGCUCAAGGUCACUCUUGUCAAGGUAUGA